AUGUCGCUUUUGAAGCGGAAACGAGGUGCGAUACGUCAAGGGCUGAAGGAGGUCGCACGAAACCUGCUCAGUGGAUGGAAGCCGCCCAAAGACGUCGAUCCAGUUCGAAGACAGUUCCAACCAACGGGGAACAGUAGUCGGGAUAUCGCUCAGUUGAAGCUGGCAUACCUAAUCGACGACAAUCCGGACUUGAAGAAAGCCUCGCUUCAGGUGGUCAGUCUCGCCGCCCAUAUACCACCAGGGAACGACAAGCUGGAUGAGACUCUUCUUCUCUCUGCACAGCUCUUGCUUCAAAUCUCGAACGCCGUGCAAUCCGGCAAGGCGUCAGUGGCUGAGCCAGUCCUUUCCGACUAUAUUGGCAUGAUGGAGGAUGUCGAGGCGAUGUUGGCUUCCCGGACAGUGUCUUGGGAGAAUGUUGAGGCACAUCUCUCUCAUAAAAUCGAGGAAAUCAAGCGAUCCCGCUGCUCCCUGUUGGGAUACUGUCCUUCCAAGGGGAACGCACAGGCUUCGACCACCUGGACCGCGCUGCUGGGAUCAGCUUCGACUACUUUAUCGGUCCUCAAAGAUGUUGCAGAGAUCGUACCUGUGGAUAUCUUGAAAGGAGUCACCGAAACGGCGUAUAGUCUGUUGACGGCUGUAGAGCAAACAAGGUCGAACAUCGAUGAGAUGCGACAGAUCGCCAGCAUCGCAGCCGACUUUGUUGUUUCGCUGACCGUACUAUGUGCGGAGAAGCCGAACCAGCUUUCUGCCCAGUUUGAACGAUGCUUCAAGGCAUUCGACGAGAAAUUGACGGAUAUUGGCCGCCAGUGCAUUAACAUGAGCCAGAAGAGUGUCUUGUCACGAUUCCUUCAGCAGGGGGCCCAUCAAGGUGAUCUCACUUUAUUAAGAGGGGAGUUGGAGAGCGCAAUCAGUAAAUUUCAAACCGAGACCCAAAUGCUCCUUCACUUUGAUGUGCGCAUUUUCAGCGAGGUGGUGAACGCCAAGCUAGACCAGGACGCUGUGAACGCUCUUCCGGAACCGGAUCAUCGCGGCGACCGCCUCGACGAGUACCUUGCCGCCAGCCGCGACGACGAACUUGAAGCCAUCUUGAAAUGGGCCGAUGACCCCGAGCUUCGUGUUUUGUGGAUUCACGGUGCUGCGGGACUGGGUAAAUCCACCCUCAUGCACAAGGUUGUAGCCGUGUUGGCCCAGCAAGGACGGUUAGCAUCCUCAGCCUUCUUCGUACGGAAGAAGAACAGGGAUGCCAUUCCCACCAUUAAAGCCGUCGCUCGAGAACUUGCCAACAUCCAUCCAAGGGCGGUUCCAGCGGUGGCCAAAGCUGCUCGCACUUGCAACGCGGCUCAUGACUCGAUCCUCAAAUACCUCCAGGUGUACAUCAUCGAGCCUGUUCGCUCACUUGGUCUUCCAUAUCCCCUGGUCCUACCCCUGGACGCACUGGAUGAAUGGGACCACCACGAAACCUUCCUACGAGAAUUGAAACACGUCUCGUCGACAUCGCCGUUCCUCAAGUUUCUCUUCACGAGUCGGUGGUUGCACAGUGUCGAGCGAGGUCUGAAGCACAACAUUGUAAAGGAGAUGGCAUUGCCACCCGUGACAGAGGAGGUCGCCCGGCGGUACUUUGAAGCUCGAUUCAGCGACGUUCAAGGGGAAACGAGGACCCUGCUAUUCAACUCCAUCCCUCAACUGGCCAAACUCGCCAAGGGCCUUCUGGUGUGGGCAGCCACUGUCUGCAACCUGAUCCUCAGCGACUCAUACACUCGCCCACCCGUGCACACCCUCCUUGAGCGAAUCCUCCAGUCUGGAUCGGGAGUCGACGAGGAUGAACGCCUUGCUACCCUGUACCGCGAAGCACUGCUCUCCAUUCUCGGUCCCAAGUCCCGGGAUGUGGAGGUUGGCAUGCAAAUUCUUUCCCAUAUGGUCAUCCUCCAGGAAGCAGUCGAUAUCACCACCUUCACAGAACUUGUCGACCUUCCUCAGUAUCCUCAAGCCGCCCGCGAGAUUCACAAACGACUACGUAUCCUGCAGAUACGGGCAACAUUCGAUCCAAAUGUCAUUGAACCCAUGUCAACUCGAUUCCACGCGUCCUUCCUCGACUUUCUUACCUCCAGCGCCGUCAGCCCCUCGCAAUCGGAUAUGACAACAGUGCCCCUUGCCGUGGAUACAGCAAAGGCCCACCUCCGAUCAGCGAAGAAGUGCCUGAGUACCCUUCUCUCAAGCUCGCCCCACAAUCAUCUUUCCUCGAGGCCACUUCCCCCGGCACUCUUGUAUUCAACGAAGUAUUGGCCCUUUCACCUUUCUCAUGGAACGGAUCGCUUCCAACCGCUCCCCCCGGAACUCGAAAGCCUGCUGGGGAGUGUAUCUGAUGAUAUGACAGCCUGGUGGGCGAAACAUUUUGUUGCCCUGGUAUGUCCUGUGGAGAGUGGGGAGUUGGCGGAGUGGGAAGGACAGUUGGCGGGGAAAAGGCGAUCUGACAUUCUUGUCAAGGUUGCCCGGCUCGUGGACCAAAGGCAACCCAGAGGGGAACCAGCCUGGUGGGCGUGGGCGGCAUCCCCCUGGGAGGUGGCAGUGAUACUGCGUGAAUCUCGAGGCAGUAUUGACUUGUUGAUUCAGCUUGGGGAUUUCUACACUCCUGGCGAGAUGGUACCAUUAAAAUGUGCCGCUUUCGCAGUCCAUAUCCUGAAGCAUUGCAUAGCCGAGACCGCAUCACAGGAUGGGCGUUCACUGUAUUCGUUAGCAUCCGCGCUGUAUUCGUCCUACUUGAACACUGACAGUGUUUUGGACAUCGACGAAGCUAUCGCAUUCGGACGCGGUGCGCUCUCUCUGCGACCCCAUCCCCAUCCAGAUCGCGCAGUGACACUGAACAACCUCGCCGUCCACUUGGGCGAGCGCUUCGGGAAGCAAGGGAACCUCGCCGACAUCGACGAUGCCAUCGCAUUCGGGCGGGAAGCACUCUCUCUGCGACCCCAUCUCCAUCCAGAUCGCGCAGGGACACUGAACAAGAUCGCCAUUGACUUGUGCCACCGCUUCAAGAAGCAAGGCAACCUCGCCGACAUCGACGAUGCCAUCGCAUUCGGGCGGGAAGCACUCUCUCUGCGACCCCAUCCACAUCCAGAGCGCUCAGAAACGCUGCACGGCCUCGCCGUUUACUUGUGCGACCGCUUCAGGAAGCAAGGCAACCUCGCCGACAUCGACGAUGCCAUCGCAUUCGGGCGGGAAGCACUCUCUCUGCGACCCCAUCCACAUCCAGAACGCUCAUGGACACUGCACAGCCUCGCCGUGCACUUGUGCGACCGCUUCAGGAAGCAAGGCAACCUCGCCGACAUCGACGAUGCCAUCGCAUUCGGGCGGGAAGCGCUCUCUCUGCGACCCCAUCCACAUCCAGAGCGCUCAGCAACGCUGCACAGCCUCGCCGUCCACUUGUGCGACCGCUUCAGGAAGCAAGGCAACCUCGCCGACAUCGACGAUGCCAUCGCAUUCGGGCGGGAAGCACUCUCUCUGCGACCCCAUCCACAUCCAGAACGCUCAUGGACACUGCACAGCCUCGCCGUGCACUUGUGCGACCGCUUCAAGAAGCAAGGCAACCUCGCCGACAUCGACGAUGCCAUCGCAUUCGGGCGGGAAGUGCUCUCUCUGCGACCCCAUCCCCAUCCAGACCGCUCGGAGACACUGCACAACCUCGCCAUCCACUUGUGCGACCGCUUCAAGAAGCUAGGCGACCUCGCCGACAUCGACGAUGCCAUCGCAUUCGGGCGGGAAGCGCUCUCUCUGCGACCCCAUCCCCAUCCAGGGCGAUCAGAUACACUGCAUGACCUUGUCCUUUACCUUAUGUCGCGAUGUCGCAAGCAAGUUUCCCUUCCCCACCUGGAAGAGGCGAUCUCACUCUGCAAUGCAACCCUAUCCACCAUCCAGCCUUCGCACCGCCAUUAUGCUGUCUUCUCGCGAUGGCUUGCUGAAGCCCGGGAACUUAAAGACCAACAUUUCAAUGCUUGA